GGCAGGAAGCGGUACAUGACAGCCUCGGGGUGCGGCGGCUUCCUGGACGCCAGUGAAGCGGGUUACAUCACCUCGCCCGGUUACCCUCUGGAGUAUCCACCGCACCAGAACUGCCACUGGAUCAUCACGGCACCGGAGCCGUCGCAGCGCAUCGUCCUCAACUUCAACCCACACUUUGAGAUCGAGAGGCUGGACUGCAAGUACGACUUCAUCGAGAUCCGCGACGGCGCGCUGGAGAGCGCCGACGUCCUGGGCCGACACUGCAGCAACAUCGCGCCGGCGCCGAUCAUCUCCUCUGGCCCCUCCCUCCGGAUCAAAUUUGUCUCCGACUACGCCCACCAGGGGGCGGGCUUCUCUCUGCGCUAUGAGAUCUUCAAAACAGGGUCGGAAUUCUGCUUCCGUAAUUUCACCAGCCCCUCGGGAAUGAUCGAGUCCCCGGGUUUCCCGGACAAGUACCCGCACAACCUGGAGUGUUCGUACAUGAUCAUAGCUCCGCCCCGCAUGGACAUCACCCUCACCUUCCUCACCUUUGACCUGGAGAACGACCCCCUGCUGGUGGGAGAGGGCGACUGCAAGUACGACUGGCUGGACGUGUGGGAUGGACUGCCACAGGUGUCUCCUCUGAUCGGCCGCUACUGCGGGACAAAGAUCCCUCCGGAGAUCCAGUCGUCGUCCGGCCUGCUGUCGCUGUCCUUCCACACGGACAUGGCCGUGGCCAAAGACGGCUUCUCCGCUCGCUACAACCUGACGCACAAAGAAGUCAGCGACUCGUUCCACUGCAGCAUGGCUCUCGGGAUGGAGUCGGGGAAGAUCAGCGACGAUCAGAUCUCCGCCUCCACCACGUUCUACGACAACCGCUGGCUGCCGCGUCAGGCGCGACUCAACAACAACGACAACGCCUGGACGCCGGCCGAGGACAGCAACAAGGAGUACAUACAGGUCGACCUCCAAUUCCUCAAGGUGUUGACGGGCAUCGCCACACAAGGAGCCGUUUCCAAGGAGACGCAGAAGGCGUACUACGUCACCACGUUCAAGCUGGAGGUCAGCACCAACGGAGAGGACUGGAUGGUUUACCGACACGGCAAGAACCACAAGGUCUUCCACGCUAACACAGACCCGGCUGAGGUGGUCCUGAACCGCGUCCCACAGCCGGUCCUGGCUCGGUUCGUCCGCAUCCGACCGCAGACCUGGAGGAACGGCAUCGCGCUGCGCUUCGAGCUCUACGGCUGUCAGAUCACAGAUGCUCCAUGUUCAGACCUGCAGGGCCUGCUGUCCGGCCUGCUGCCCGACGCACAGAUCUCAGCCUCCUCCAGCAGGGACAUUGUGUGGAAUCCCAGCACCGCCCGCCUGGUGGCCAGUCGCUCCGGGUGGUUCCCUGCACCAGCACAGCCUCUGGCUGGAGAGGAGUGGCUGCAGGUGGACCUCGGCGUCCCGAAGACGGUCCGCGGCGUGAUCACCCAGGGAGCGCGGGGAGGAGACGCCGGCAGCGGAGCGACCACGGACAAUCGAGCGUUUGUGAGGAAGUACAAGGUGGCGUACAGCCUGAACACAAAAGAGUGGAAUUUCAUCAUGGACUUCAAGACCAGUCUUCCAAAGAUCUUCGAGGGGAACACGCACUACGACACGCCAGAGCUGCGGCACUUCGAGGAGACGGUGGCCCAGUACGUGCGCUUGUAUCCGGAGCGCUGGUCUCCGGCAGGGAUCGGGAUGAGAGUGGAGAUCUUGGGCUGUGACCUUCCAGAAACCCCCACGCCGGCCGACACCGCCACGCCGACCCCGCCGCCCGACACCGAGACCACCACCGCCCCCGCGACGACCACGGUGGCCACCUCGCCUCCGUCGGACAGCGUGUGCGACCUUGACCGCGGCCUGUGUGGGUGGACUCACGACCCCAGCGCCCCGCUCUUCUGGUCCCUGCACAGUCACGAGCUCAACAAUUAUCUCUACAUGGACGCCAGCCUGAAGACGGAGCAGCAGCAAGCUCGCCUCCUCAGCCCCGUGGUUCCGGCUGAAACCGGGCCCCUCUGCCUCCUCUUCUCCUACCAGCUGUUGGGCGAGGCCCAGGGUCACCUGAGGGUCCUGCUGCGCGACGCCCACAGUGAGGAGACGCUGCUCUGGACGCUCGCGGGCGACCAGGGCCCCGUGUGGAAGGAGGGUCGCACCAUCCUGCCUCGCUCCCCUAAAGACUUCCAGGUUGUGAUGGAGGGUUUCUUUGUGCACGGCACCAGAGGACACAUCUGGAUAGACAACAUCCACAUCAGCUCCAGCACCCCGCUGAAGGAGUGUACACAACCCUUCACUGCUUUUCCUCCCGAGAAUCCAGUGAGGACACCCAAUGAGUUUGGAGACGGACGACUUUUCAGCGGCAGGGACCCGUUAGGAGGAGGUUUACAGUUUCCCGAGUGGAACACCGAGUCGCCGUCCUCCGAGCCGCCAGUGACGCGCAUCUCGGAGAAGGACAACUCGUGGCUGUACACGCUGGACCCCAUCCUGGUCACCAUCAUCGUCAUGAGCUCGCUGGGCGUGCUGCUCGGCGCCAUCUGCGCGGGCCUCCUCCUGUACUGCACGUGCUCGUACAGCGGGCUGUCGUCGCGCUCCUCCACCACGCUGGAGAACUACAACUUUGAGCUGUACGACGGCCUCAAGCACAAGGUGAAACUGAACCAGCAGCGCUGCUGCACCGAGGCGUGAGGCCGCCGCCGCCGCCGCCACCGCCACAUCUCCACCUGCAGAUCCCUGGACACGAGCGCACACGUGAGAAGAGCGCGGGGGGCGGAGAUUUGUCAGGCUUGUUUCUGUGAGAGGAACGCGCGUCACUUCCAGGUUGACUGGACGCUGUGCUACUUAAACGUGAUGUUUGGAAAGGUGUUAGGUUUAGGAAACGUCUUCUUUUAAUCACACGUGGACACCGUGGCCUAGAACUUAGAACUCCUUCUUCCUGUGGCACCUUUCUUUUCUUUGUUAGGAUUAUUUCCCUCUCUCGUCGCAGACUCUGCUCAGCCUCAGUUAUCCUGACUCACCCCCCCGAAACACACACACACACACCGACAGUCUGUGGUAUUUUUAGUCGCCGACGUUCCUCCGCUGUCUGUCUGUCUGUCUGUCUGUCUGUCUGUCUGUUCAGUGUUUUCAAGUCUGACGUCUGUGACGGCAGAUAAGUCGAGAGAAGAAGAAGGAAAACAAAAAAGAGAAGUGUGUGUUUUUUUAACUUUUUAGCGACGGAGAGAGAGAGUUGUUGUUUUAGAGUUUAGUUGUUACUGGUUCCUGUCAAAGACAAAGGUCAUGUUUACAUUGUGGUUAACGCGGGAAAGGUCACGGAGGUUUUUAGGCGGGUGGUGCAACCUAUGGAUUGCGGGAACGAGCGGAGACGUCGACGUGAGAGGGAGAGAGAGACAGACAGAGACAGAGAGAGAGAGACACACUUGGAAGGACGGGGACAAAAAUGAGAUCUAAAACAAAUGCACAGCCAGAAACAGCUUUCUCAAUCCACUCGGUGUGUGUGUGUGUGUGUGUGUGUGUGUGCGUGUGUGUGCGUGUGUGCGUGUGGACACACAACAAGCCUUAAAAGGAAACCGCUCGAGGAGACCAUCUCUCUCCCUCUCUCUCUGUCUCCCCCUCUCUCUGUUAACUUUUUUUUUCUUCUUUUACAUACGGACCUAAAAAGCCAUGAUUGAAAGGACCUGACCUCUGACCCGUCACACACACACACACACACACACACACACACGUGCGAGCGACCACAUCAACCUGCCGCCCGAGGAUGUUUUUGUUAUUUUUUGUUGUUUUCUCUCGUCGUGCACGGCUGUGAAUGGACUCUUCCUCCUCCUCCUCCUCCUCCUCCCUCCUCCACACACACACACAUGUAUAUACAAAACACGCCGCUUCUCUCUCUCUCUCUCAGAAAAACAUGAAGACUCUCUGAUAAGGACCUAAAAAUGAAGGGAAUAAUGGCUGCUGCUGCUGAGAGAGACACACACACACACACACACACACGUGCCAUGUCAUUUACACACACACACAGACACACACACAGACACACACACACACUCUGGACUCCACUGACUCUCUUCAAAGUGCCUUGGAGCCUCUGGGAUCCAGCUCGCCUUUGGAGCCAGUAUCAGAAGCGGUGACUCUCACCGUCGCCCCCAGGACCAAACCCUGGACCAGGACAGUACCCGGAGCCCCUCGCCCCGCCUCGCCCUUGGCCCCGCCCCUUGCCUCCUUUCGCACUGCUCGGACUGCUGUUGUUGUUUUAAAGGGGUCUUUGUACAGAAAAAAAAGCUCUUUUUAUGAUUGUUAUUAUAAUUAUUGUUAUGAUUAUUUAAUAAAGGAUUUAUACCAUA